UGUCUCUAUUUGGUUUUCUUGGUAGUGUGUACUUCAGAACGAAACAGUUCUUAUCUCUGCUUGUUUUACAUUGGUAUUCACAAGUGUUCUAGACCGCAGCUGCUCUAAGAAAGGGAAACUAAUUGAGAGAAGUAAGACUUCCACUCCAACGUGCAUGUUAGAUUUCAGACAAACAGCUGUGUUAGAGGGGUAGAUGACAGUAGAGAUCUUUUCCCCUCCAUGGAAUAAAUUGAAAGACAAAAUAAAAACAUUCAACGGUAGUGGACAAUCACUGCAAAUACAUUCUCGAAAUUCUUCACUUCAUGUUGCACUUGCUUUCAGGUUCAUAAUGGAGCCUGUAUUCACAAGCACGAGGCUAAAGGCGGCUGUGCUGUUUUUGCUCACUAUUCGGCUGACGACAGAUGUGACGGAGGCAAUGGAGGUGACGUCCUCAGGGCCACAGACCAUUCAAAAGGCCCAGGGGGAGACAGUAACCCUGGGAUGCACCUUCACCCCCGGCCCCCAUGACACGGGAGAGCUGGACGUUGAGUGGUCCAACGUCAGACCAGACAUGACGCAGAAAGACCAACUGAUCUUAUCCUAUAGAGGGGGCGAGAUGCACCACUACGGCGACCCCGGGGUCUCCAAAAGGCUCAACUUCGUAGCGGACCCCAAGCAGGGAGAUGCUUCCAUCUUUCUCUCUAAUGUGAGGCUCGCAGACAAAGCCACCUACCAGUGUAAAGUCAAGAAGGUGCCGGGUGUCGACAUGAGAAAAGUCACUCUGGUGGUGAUGGUUCCUCCGUCAAUGCCAAAGUGUUGGGUUGAAGGCAAAGAGGAGAAAGGUGGCCCAGUGUCCCUCCGCUGCAAAUCCUCUGUGGGAUCCACUCCUCUCAGUUACACAUGGUCGAGAGAGAGCGGAGGUGCACUACCAUCCACUGCCACCCAAGACCGACAUACUGGGGAGCUUUUGAUAAAGAACCAUACAGACAACAACAUUGGAAGUUACGUGUGUGAGGUGGAAAAUGCCGUAGGCAAAGGACAGUGUAAAUAUGCACUGCAUGCAUACAACCCUACCAAUAAGGCGGGUGUCAUAGCUGGGGCAGUGAUAGGUGCUCUCUUGCUGCUGCUCCUCCUCCUGUUUCUCAUCUGGCUCCUGAUCUGCUGCUGCCAUAAGCGUCGCUAUGAGAAAGAGGUCCAAAACGAAUUAAGGGAGGAUGCCCAGGCCCCGGAGAGCAGACCCACCAGCAGACCCACCAGCAGAGCCUCCAGUUUGCGCUCAGUGUUGGCGUACCGCACCCACCCCGGGGUGCACUACAGCUCUGUGAGGAAAAACCUGCCCAGUGUCAGUGAAUCAGGCCCCAGUCCCAUCUUCAAUGGCGAGAGUAACGGCAGAUCACAGCCAACUGCUGCAGGGCAAGGCCGUGGUUCCCUCAAAUACGACCAAAAAUUUGGAUACCCUGUGUAACUAUAAACCAAAAGCCUGAUAGACUUUUUUAUUUUUAGUAAAAAACAAUGCAUUCUGAAGAGGGACGUUUUAUUUUAAGUAAAAAAUAUGAAAUUGUAAAGAACUCAAUGUAUAGUAUGUAUAUGACAAAAAAGUGCAAUUCAAUAUAUUUAAUUGGAGAAUGAUGGGGGUAUAAUUGAAUCUUAGGGGUGAGCUCUUGUACAAACAAAAAUGUCCAACUGGUUGACUUUCAAAAUGGACUAGCUGCACUGUUAUUAUUGUUACACUAAUUUAGCUAAAACUGUAUGUAAAAUGUAUAUAUCUAUAUAAAUAUCAAAAGACUAUUUUUACUUUUUUCAAACAAUGUAUUACUUUUUUUAAAUAUAUGGAUAAUAAAACAUGUUUAACUGAGACGUUGAUGAGGAGAGUACCAUCUAAAGCUCAUCUUUUAUUGCUUUAUGAUAUCUGGGCUGGCACAGCAUAAUGGAACAUUUGAAACACAUUUUCCACUCCCAGAAUGUAACCAUCUCUUGAAAAAAAAAAAUGUGAUGUGAUUAUGUCAAAUCAAAUAAUCUAUAUGUCCAGAGGUUCAAAUACAGUUUAAUUAACGACUUAAUUGGGAGUGCAUUGAAAAUGAAGAUGGUGCAAAACUAGGAGUUUAAAUACUUGGUGUAUGAACAUGGUCAGAGAAACAUUCUGUGUGUUUUCACAGAUUAGAGACCGAUUAUUUUCAGGGUCCUUUCUUUGGUUGUGGAUAACAAAAAUCAUCCAGAAUACCAUGUUGACAAUUUUACAUGAGUCUGGAUCUUUUGGUUUAUCAAAGCUGCCUUUCUUAGCCAGAAGAAUAAUAUGAUUGCUUGUUUGUAUGCAUAACUUAUGUCCGCUCAAGGGCCUCUCAUGGUUAGGUUCUAACUUACAUGGAGACAGAAUAUAUGGCAUUUAAUUUUAUAUUAAAAAUAGGAUUUUUUUUUCGUUUAAACACUACAAUGUAUUAAAUUAUUAACUGCGGGACUCACUUUGCUAAAAAUUGUGCAAUUAAAGCUACUUUACAAAAAUACUCUUGAGGUUUACUUUUCAACACAAGCUUAUGAAAACCUUGGUAGACAGUGGGGACUAUGCACCAACAUCACUCGCAGAC